CAGUAGCAGCAGCAGCAGCCAGCAGCAGUAGCAACAGCAAAAGCAACAAAAGCGAACUUGUAUUCAAUGGAUGUGUGCGCGAGAGGCGAAUAAAAGAAAAUUAGAUAAAAAAGCCAAAUGAAAUUAGCGCACGCCUGAAAUUCGAGUUUGGCGCAAGGUGAACCAAAAGGCGAAAAGCAAUCAAAACAGUUUCCAUUUGCUGUCGGUGUGCGUGCCGUUUUUCCUGCGAAAGAAAAACCACCUGCAUUGAUUUAUAGUUAAAGAAAAAAGAGACGUAUCCGAACGGGAUGGGUCAGUGCAUUGCUGCCAUAAAGGCUGACUGAUAAAAAAAACCCCAGCCACUCACAUACACACACACACACACACGCACGCCAACACCAGCGCACCCGCACCAAUACAGUGGCAGCCUGCUAUUGACGCAGCGGCAGCGGAAGGAGACGGAGAGCACAAAAAGCACAAAAAAUUGUUCCCGGACGAACCGGAACGGACUGGCACUCCGCACAGGACUCCACGUUCACGGAAGAGAGAGAUUUAGAAAAAACUAUAGAGAUAUUCGUUUCGCGGAGAGAAAAAUUCCAAUGUCAAAUAAAAUCAACCCGAAACGCCGUGAACCGACAGCAGCCGCAGCAGCAGCAGGAGCACCCACGGCAGUGGCCACCAACACGAGCAGCUCGACCGGCUCCAGUGCCGGCAACACCUCCUCGGCCAACACAUCCUCAUCGUCCAGCUCCUCGCUGUCUUCCGCCGGUGGCGGUGAUGCGGGCAUGUCCGCCGACCUAACAUCGCUAUUCGAAUGCCCCGUUUGCUUUGACUAUGUGCUGCCCCCGAUCCUGCAAUGCUCAAGCGGGCACUUGGUGUGCGUCUCGUGCCGCUCCAAGCUCACCUGCUGCCCCACAUGCCGCGGUCCGCUGGCCAAUAUCCGUAACCUGGCCAUGGAGAAGGUUGCCUCGAACGUAAAGUUCCCGUGCAAGCAUUCGGGCUACGGGUGCACUGCCUCGCUUGUAUACACAGAGAAGACCGAACACGAGGAGACCUGCGAGUGUCGGCCCUACCUGUGCCCUUGCCCGGGGGCCUCCUGCAAAUGGCAGGGACCGCUCGACCUAGUCAUGCAGCACCUGAUGAUGUCCCACAAGAGCAUCACAACGCUGCAGGGCGAAGACAUUGUGUUUCUGGCCACCGACAUUAAUCUGCCCGGCGCCGUCGAUUGGGUGAUGAUGCAGUCCUGCUUCGGCCACCACUUCAUGCUCGUCCUCGAGAAGCAGGAGAAGUACGACGGACACCAGCAGUUCUUCGCUAUAGUCCAGCUGAUCGGCUCGCGCAAGGAGGCCGAGAACUUUGUGUACCGCCUCGAGCUGAACGGAAACCGCCGCCGCCUCACCUGGGAGGCAAUGCCGCGUUCCAUACACGAGGGCGUUGCCUCCGCCAUACACAAUUCGGAUUGCCUGGUGUUCGACACAUCGAUUGCGCAGCUCUUCGCCGACAAUGGGAAUCUGGGUAUCAAUGUGACCAUCUCUCUGGUCUAGGCAGCCGCGACUCGCCUCGCGUCCGUAAAUCGCCCAAUUAAAUUUUUUUUUUAUUUCUGUUUACAUAUUUGUCGUAUAUAUAUAAAAUACCAUAUAGUUUAGCCCUUUGUUCGCAUCAUACGUCUAAUUCGUAGGUUCUUCAAAGUUUGAAUUGUAGAAAGAAACGAAAGAAAGAGGAAAAGAAGGAAGCAAGGGUGGAUAGUAGAGAGAUAAGCGGCGGCAAAAGCAGCAUUAGAAUCGUUUUAAAAACGAUUCUUCGUUCUAUAUGCACACCCUCAUAAUACACCACACACCCCAUACAUACAAAUAUAAUUGCAUAUAAAUCUA